AUGUCACAAUGUGAGGAGCUGAAACCCAACAAUCUGAGAUUCACGGUGUCAAACCCGAAAUCGCCAAUCAUCAGCAAACAUCUUGAUUACCAUGGCUCCGAUUGUGCCUCAGUGCCAGGUACGAACAUCAGGAGCCUCUACUAUGCAAUUGAUGAGACUCACGUACUUAAUGACAGCCAUAGAAAGCAUCACUCCCAUUUUUAUUCCAUCAGCUACGAUUAUGGCCACCAGGCCUAUAUCGAUAAGCUCGUCAGUCAUCACCACAUUGUCCUUCUAGCCCUUGGACGAGCCCGGAAGCGACGCAUGGCCAUUCUAUACAAGAAAGAGCAAUGUUACUCGUGGGUGCGAGAUGCUCAAGACAACGAAGAAUCGAACCGCGAGAAAGAGCAGAAGAUGAUUAAGCAGGAAGCUGCUCUUUUCAAGCGUCACAUGAAACAGAUGGAGGCUAGAAUGGAAUUAAUGCGCAAGAAGGAGGAGCAGAAACUUCAAGAUGCUUUCCUUGAAGAAGCAUACCUAGACCGCAUGGCUAUGAAUGAAGAUCCGGAUGAUGAGGCAUGGGAUAAGACUGCUCCGAUGGAAGACGACGAGAUUGACGAGUUAAUCCGCGACAUCCGAGAGAUCAAACUCCUCCUCUUCUGCCGUCUCGUCCUUCUUCAAGCAUCUCUCCUCCCCGCCGCCCUCCGAGCGACAACUAUCUCUGCCUCAAGGUCUCUGACAACUCUGCAAGACAUUCGUGAUGCAUGUGCCGAUUUCGCCCGUGGCGACAAAGCAGACGAUGCACUCCCCGUGGAAGACGACGACGACGAUGAUGAUGAAACCAUGGAGCAGCUUUUACAGGGUGAUAAGCGAUAUCAUCAUCUCCACACUGAUGAUUGGUUCAAAGAACGAGUGAUUAAAGAAGUCGAAAGUCAUCGCUUCAAGAGAAAAUCAAGGAAAUCGAAACGUCAGAGAAAGACAAAGGUUACCAUCUGCGGGAAGAGUAUCUGGAACCAUGCUAGUGAGAAUGCAAUGUCUCGCGAUGGAUGGCUCCAGUUCAGUGUCACGGCCAAGGACUGCGAUUUGAAGCAUGCUAUCCAACUUUGCAGAAACUGGUCCGAAUUCUCUGAUCUCAAUCUACUCACGCUAUGGCAAUACUUCCCCGCGUCGAACUGGACGUCAUGGGGCCAAGAUCGCUUCAUGCAGCAGCUCCAACAACUAGGUUUCUUCCCCUACUUCACAGACUUUGACGCAGACAAAUACAGUCACCACCAUCAAAUCGACGGACGAAGCCAAGGCCGUCGACAGCACGAUAUCGUUGAGACACGGAACAUUCUCGUUGGAAACAUGAAGCGGAAUGAUCCUGUGACUAGACGCUUUCUGCAGUAUCUUCUCAUGCGGAGGGGAGAGCUUCUUGUCAUGGUGCGGGAUGGCAAGACUGGCCGUGUUAUCACUGCGCAGGAUGAUGAGCAGCUCGGACAGGUUGGACCUGACUUUAUGAAGUUGACGGAUAUUCUGAGAGAGUGGAGGUUUGGGUUUGAUGAUUACUAUGAUGUGUUUAUCUGGGAUUUUGUGCCUGGCGAGCCACACAUGGACCUCUAUAACAUUGUCGAACUCCGUAAUGCCUGGCGUAUGAGAACACCUUGCGACAUGUACAUCCACAUGGAAUUCCUCCUCCGCGGCCUCCACCGUAACGAAAAGACCAUGCGCACCCGCCAGAUCAAACCCGGCGAGAACCUCACAAGCCUCUGGGACACCAUCGCCGACGAAAGAUCAGAAUUCCGGCUCUUCGACGUGAGCAACAAAAAGGUCACGAUGCGCAAAGACACCGAAAUAGCUGAAUCACCAUACAUGUUCUAUAACAAAGCCAACGAAGUCGAAGACGCGAUCCUCUUCCCGGAUGAACUCACCUCUGAUAAGAAGAGUGUUUCGUUCCGUGAGAUUAGGAACGGUGUUGCGAGUAUUGAAGAUGGGAUCUUGCCCAGUACGGCUAGACAUUUCGUCAAGGGGCUGGAGGCUAUCAAUAAGGGCAAGGAUCCGAUGAAAGCGAUGCGUAUGGCGAAACAUGAUGAUGAGGAUAAAAUCUGGGGUCUGCCCAAGUUUUGGGAGACGGCUCUUUUGCAGGCGAGGAGUGAUAAGUUGAAGAAAUCGCAAAAGGCACUUCUACAGCGGACGGGGUUGCUGAAUGCGUAUAAGACACUGUCGUAUGAUCGACGGCUUGAUGAGUCUGAUCCCAUGGAGAUUAUGGAGCGAGACAGGGCUUUUAGCUUCAAGGAGUCUUUCCACGCUGGAGACCUCGAGCCAGGGUAUAACGCCAAAUACAACCUGCUUCAAGAAACACUCCGCGCAAUGCUCAAGACGACUCAUGUCGGCUCAACAGACUGGAUCUUUUUCAUAGCUGAGAUCCUCGAGUGGCUUGAGCUCCGCGGCGAUUACGACGACUACGUUCAAGAUCCGCAGUAUCCCUGGCCGCAUAGUUUCAUCGUGCAAGACAUUGUCCAAGCAUUCGCCAUGAUCGCCAUGUUCUUCCCGAACUCGGAUGUCGCAAAGUUACCAACCAUGUUUGUCAACUCAAGCCAGUGCGAUGAGUUUAGAAAGUCGGGGGUGUUUGACCCUAAAGAGCGAAGUAGGGUGCGGCCUGAUCGAAGGACGAGAACGAGCUAUAAAUUUAGGGAGAAGGAGUUUUGGAAGGAGUGGAUGGAGUUUUAUAAGACGGAGAGAUACUUUGGGGACGUGUACCCUAUGGAAUGGAGUCUGACGGUCCGUCCUAUCAUCGCUCAUUUGUACCAAGCUGGUGUCAUAGCCCCAGCAUACAUGCAAAACCAUCCCGAAGUCGUUCUCGGAAUAGCAACAGCAAACACAGAACCCCACCGCCCAAACAAACUCGACCUCUUCAUCAACUACCAAGACCAAUACGGCAACUUCCCCAUGACAUACCCCCCAACCUUCGUCGACCCCUCCAAAUGGCCCCAAGUAAUCCCCACCGCACGCUCAUUCUCCCAAAAGCAUCCCACCGCUCGUUUCGCCCUACUCCGUCUAUGGUCUGCACCGCACUACUACCCCUUCAUGGUAGGCAUCUUCAACCGCAGAAACACAAGCUUCCUCGACAGUCGUGGCCGAUCGUGGGAGUGGAAGUUUGUGCCGAAGGAUAUGCCUGGUAGUGAGUUUAGUGCGCAUCAAACUACGGGGAAGAGGCUGGAUGUGAUGAAGGAUAAGUUUGGGGAUAGGGUUGUGCAUAGGGCGGAUUUGAUAUUGGUUAUGGGGGUUGAUGAGGAUGAUUUGUUGAGGUACUGUACGGCUGUUGCGUUUGCGAUGCAGACGAAGCCGUGGUUGAGGGAGAUUGAUCUCUGGAAAAGCUUCAUUAAUGUGGACUUUGAGUUUCUUCUGGACUUGGAUGCUUUUUGGAUGGACUAG